AGAAGAAGUGCCAGCUCGGACGUUGGACCGUGCAUUUAUUGCUUAUUUUUCAGUUCGAUUGAAUAUUUCUUCAAGAAUUCAAGCGUUUUGCUUGAAUGAACUCGUCGCCGUAGUGUAAACAACGUUAUUGUUUUUUUUUGUUUGAUUUACUGUACAAGUUUUGUGUUGUACUCGCUCCUCAAAUCGACAAUGGAUUUGAUCUGGUUGGUCUGCAUUGCUGUUAGUGUCGGUGCCUGUUUCGUGUCGUCGGAGAGACACAGCGUGUUUUGGAAUAGCUCGAACCCCAAGUUCUCCACGGAGUACACCGUGGAGGUGCAGCUGAACGACUACCUGGACAUCGUGUGCCCGCACUACCCCCUGGGGGAGGUGCCUUCCCAGGAGGCCGAGCGCUACGUGCUGUACAUGGUGGAGCGCGAGGACUACGUCGCGUGCCGGCCGGAGUCCUACGAGCAGCUCCGCUGGGAGUGCUCGCACCCCUUCGCCGCCCACGUGCCCGAGAAGUUCUCCGAGAAGUUCCAGCGCUUCACCCCCUUCUCCCUGGGCAAGGAGUUUCGCCGAGGCGAGAGCUACUACUACAUCUCCAAGCCCGUCCACCAUCUUGGGAAAGAGUGUAUGCGACUGCGCGUGAAAGUCGUCAACACCACCGGCUCCCAGGAGACCAAAACGGGAGGAGGAGCAGGAGGUGGCGUGCAUAAUUCAUCCAACAGACUUCCUGCAGACGAACCUGCCGUGAUCCUGCCGGACCUCCAGAAGAGCGUUGGGAGUUCCGGGGCGAGGGCCGCGUCCAUCUCCAUCUUCUUCACGCUCAUCCCCGUCUUAAUAUCCUGGUUUUUGCACUGAAGAACUACAGUACCCACAAUCCUCACGGACGGGGAUUAAAAUGGACGCCACUGACUGUGGUGAAUGGGGGCCUCCCCCCCCCCCCCUUGCCGGGGACCCAGAGACACAAAGACAGUUCUCCCAGCCCAAUGCUGGCCGUUGGACGAGGGGGAAAAGAAACUUUACUGUGCCGAAAUGUGACGGACACUUACGCCGUUGUGAGUGAGGAGUGCUGUGGAGUGUUUGUGUGUGCGGGAAUGAAAAAUGGUGUUCUACGAGGACAGCACUAUUUCCUGAAGGGAUUCUUCCCAGUCCAUCUUGUUUUUGAAAGAGGAAGGGAUUCUUAUGCUGGUUGUUAAUCCUUUCUUGGCAGCAUGAUUUUUUUUGGUGUGUGUGUGUGUGUGAGAAAGGAAAAAAACGUGCAGGAGAUAAUGAAGAAAACUCGGCUCAAAACUGGACAAUCGCAGCAGCACCGACAGCAAUCAAGCGGGAGGCAGUAAAAGAAGACUUCUUGCAUAAAUAAUGAUGCAUUUCCUGUAAAAGACCUGUAAAUUUAAUCACCUUCUCUAACCCGAUGAGCCAAAGAAAACAGUAAUCAUCUCACCAGUGUUAUGUUUUGUAAUAUAGUUUUGUAAUGCAGUAUACUGUAUAUUAUGUGUGUAUGUACUACAAACUGACAUUCACUCUACAUUUUUUCCGUUUCAAAUGUAGCAUUCAGUUGAGGGGUGUUUUUCAGAGUGCUCCUUCUACUAACAACAGAAACCACAAACAGAACUGACCCGGCGCGGUCUUGUAGCAGCAGUGCAUGAAUCUCAGAAACUGACCGACAGUAUUGCACAUUACACACACACACGCAUCUACAGAACAACUGACUGUAUUGCCACAGGCACAGUGCAGUACAGAUGAUUUUUGCUAAGCUAAUUUAUGAAGUUCGCACAAGAGCAAUUUCUUUGUUUAAAAAAAAAAAAAAUGUUUUUUGUCGUUGUUUUUUUACAAACAGAAAUGAGCAAAAAUAAAUGUUUACUGUGUGAAAGGUGAGACGUUUUAGCGAGGGAAGGGGAUGCGAGUGUUUGAGAUCGAAACGAAAUGACCUCCGCCAAAAAAAAUCAAAUCCUGUUUUGAAAUUUGAGUGAGAGAAAGCUGGACCUCCAGGACCCAAGGGCAGUGCAAACGGAACUCGACCACCAACGUGUUCACCAGAAAAAAUUACUUAUCAACAGUUUUAGUCUCCUCAUGAGACUUAAGACUUAUUUUUUCUCUCAUGUAGAAAAUACUAACUUGUUAAGUUAGUUUGCUUGACAAGUGAGACAUUUUAUCAUUGGCAAAUCUUAAAAGGAGUCAAACUGUCUUGCCUCAUUGGCAAUUUUGUCUUGUUUAGCAAAAAAAAAGAAACUGUUUAGUCUCAAUAUAAGACAAAAAUACUUGAUUUAUUUUUUGGUCACAAACUUACAACUACAUGGCAAGGGACAUACACAGCACAAUCUGGAGCCUGAAGCCACAAAUCUGCUCGAAAUAACAGCGACAACUGCGAAGACAACUGCCCAACGCACGUCUGACAUUUAGAGGUGGAGGGGGAGGGGCUGUCAUUUGAUUGACGCACAGGAGUGUCCAAGUCAUUUUAAGUCGCUGUGUGAUGCUUUCUCAGAUUUUAUGUUAGCUAUUUUGUACAUGUGUAUGUAAAAUGUAUUAUAUGUAUAUAGAAGAUUAUAUAUAUAUAUAUAUAUAUAAAAAAACUUUCAUAAAUACAAUAAUGUGAAGUUCUGAAAAUAAAUAUUUUUUGAAAAUUA